AUGGAGCCGGCCUAUCGGGGUCUGGGUCGCUGUGUGUGCUGCUUCUGGCUCGCGGUGGUGUUUGACAUUGUGGGACUGGCCGUGCUCCUCCUCGGCGUGUUUGUCAACGUGUUUUUCUACGACCUGCUCAUCUACGCGGGCGCCAUCGUCAUCUUCCUCAGCCUCAUCUGGUGGGUGUUCUGGUAUUCUGGGAACAUCGAAGUGCCCCCGUCAGAGCUGGAGGAUGAUGUGGGGUUACUGAAAAAGAACAAGGGCGUACUUGGGGGCAUCAGCGGCGCCGUGAGGCGCCUCUCCAGCCGCGUGUCCACCGGCAUCCGAAACUCGUUCCGCAGGAACGGAGAACCGUCCGCUACCCGUACGGCCCGCAUGCCCAGGUCAGCCUCGGGGCCACCUGUGUCAGCGCCGGAGCGGGUGACCGUAGCCAUGGCAACGAUGGGCAAUACCACACAGGCUGCUACCUCCUCAAUAGCAGACUGUGGCGUAGAGAUGCCCCACACCGCUACAGAGACAUCACCUGCAUAA